AUGCGAAUACCCGCAUCACAAAUUACACCUGGACUGAUCAUCAGUUGUCUUGUUCUGGCUCAUGCAUCGUACGUGUCCGUGCUGACGAUCGUCGCCUUCUCCCUGGAGAGGUACCUGGCCAUCUGUCACCCCCUCCACUUGUACGCGAUGGCUGGUCUCCGCCGGGCGCUGAGGAUCGUUAUUGCACUCUGGACCAUCUCCCUGUUGGCAGCGGCACCUUUCGCCUUUUACACCACAGUCAGCUACCACGACUAUCCACCCGGAUCAGGCAACGCCUCCCUCGAGUCAGCGUUCUGCGCGAUGUUGGAGAUGCCGUCCUGGUACUUAUGCGAGCUGAGCAGCCUUCUAUUUUUCAUACUGCCUGGCCUCAUGAUACUAUGUCUCUACGUCCGCAUGGGACUACGUAUCAGAUCGACGCAUACCAAUAAUCCUGGCACUCCUGGCACCCUGAACGGCGUGAACGGCAGCGUGCACGGGGAAGCCAGGCAAGCACAGUCUAGGAAGGCCAUCAUCAGAAUGUUGGCGGCAGUGGUGGUGGCUUUCUUCGUGUGCUGGGCGCCGUUCCAUUUCCAGAGGCUGUUCUUCAUCUACGGCACCAGCUCGCGGUACUACCACACCAUCAACAAACACCUGUUCAGUGUUGCAGGCGCGUUCUACUACGUGUCCGCUACUGUAAACCCUAUACUCUACAACUUGAUGAGUCACAGGUACAGGAUCGCGUUCAAGGAAACAUUAUGCUGCAGCAAAAGACAACGAAAACAGGGCAAGUACAGGGAACAUUCCAGCAUCAGGGAGACCGUCGUGAACCACACGUCCGAAGGAGGCCACCUGGUUAGGAUCCGCUCCUCCCGCGACAGGCGAAACAGGAUAGAUAACAAAGUACUCAGAACUUGCAGUUACUACGGCGCUGAGACCACUGCCCUCUGCACUGACAAAUGGAAGGACUAUUACAAAGACAGCAAGAAGAACAGUCUACUGAGAAAUGAUAGGAGCUGCAAUUCAUCACCUAGUAAUAAUAAUGAUAAACAAGUCAUGUUUAAUGAUCAUAAACGCGACUCCGACGCUGACAACGACGAUAACAUCUCAAUACAUUUGCACAAGUAA